AAAGGGAAGUUGAAAAAAACAAAACGGAAAUAAAUGCACAGCAACUUAAGAAAACACCAGCAAAUAGAAAAAUGCUGCAAAAGCACACAAAACAAAACGGAAGUGUUUUGGGGGGAGACAAUAUUGUGACGGACCAGCUGCGGAAGUGACAGAACCCAGAACAUGCAAACGACGUAUGGAGACACUUAAAUGAAACGAAGGAUUUUUCAGAGUUGUGAGGGACAAAAACAUGCAAGGUUAAGAUGUAUUGUCCAUUCUGUGGGUUUAAGUUUGAAAACUUGACAAAAUUUUGCUGUUCCUGUGGAAAAGAUAUAAUUUUUGUUCCGGUUAAAGAUGCAGCUACCGCUGCAGACCCUGAACACUCAAGAGGAAAGUCAGUUUUUCAGCAGUUCUUCAAGUACCGUGAAGGAAAAGAGGCAGAAAGAAGGAUGUUCUCAAAAUGCAAAAAGAAAUCAAAGAAAAUAGUGAAGAUUUCUGUUGGGAUCAUGAACAAAACCAAGACUGGCAUGAGGCCCAUAAGAGGGAAAACACUACCAUUAGAUGUUGAACCAAGUUGGUCGUCUGAGAAACUUUUGGGUGCUGCUAUUAAAAAACUGAAAGAUAUGGAAGCUGGAGAAUACAUCCUGCUGUACCCUGAUGGCUCUCAAGUAAAAAAUAUUCCUGGAACUGACACGCCUUUUACAAUUCAACUCUACAAAGAGGCUGUUGGAAAAUCUUACCAAAGAAUUACACUGUUUGUCUGCACCACUGAGGGCUUCUUGUCAGAAAAUCCCAGAGAUGAAAGUGAUUCUGAAGAUGAGGAGGAUGAUGAAGUUAUUGUUAGGGUUCCACCCAUUAUGUCACCUCUCUCUGACACAGUGCUUUGGACAAGCCCAGAAAGUAGUACACCAGAGUCCAGACAUCGGUCACCCUCAACAUCCCAGCCAUCAAGUGUGCAAGUUCAGAAUGCUACAGGACCCCAAAAGGCAUCCACCUCAGCAGAUCAUAUUUCAAGUCAUUUCUACAAUACAUAUACCAACAUUUAUGCACCUGUCAUCAUUGACAGCAGUUCUUCAGAAGCUGAGGUAGAGGACUUUCCAAUGGAAGACAGUGAUGAACCUGAUGGACUAACGGCUGCAGAUGUCAUCUCAAAUCUGUCUCUGAAGAUUAACAAAACUUCCUGUAGCAGAUUCAACAUUAACCGAGCUAAUGUCUGGGAUGGUGCCUAUAGAGGCUUCAGACGCUCUACAUAUAGCCCCAACUCUGCCAUGAUGGUGAAAUUCUCCGAUGAUGUUGGGCUGGUGGAAGAGGCUUUGGACACAGGUGGGCCUACUCGAGAAUUUCUCACCCUUUUGAUGGAAGCCGUAAAGACAAGAAGAAUAUUUGAAGGAAAAGACCACGCCAAAUACCUCACAUUUGAUAGCAAAGCUGCAGAGGAAAAUGAAUAUUUCUACGUUGGAAGAAUGAUCGCAGUGUCCAUUGUUCAUGGUGGUCCAGGGCCACGUUGUCUUUCCCCAAACUUCUUCAUGUAUCUUGUUGGCAAAGACAAGACAUUUGAGGCUCCAAUUGAUGAUAUACCAGAUGAAGAAAUCAAGAAGGCUCUCCUUGAGAUAAAGAAUGCAAAAUCCGUGAAUGAGCUGCGAGUACUUUCUGAAAAACACUCCAGCUUGCUCCAGACUGCAGGCUGCUAUCGCUUCAUGGGGACACUGGAGGAUAAGAAGAAGGUAGUAGCUGAUUACAUUCAGUGGUACUUCAUCUAUCGAAACCAUCUUUCCAUCCAGAGGUUCAGAGAGGGUCUAGCGACGCUGGAUUUUGUCAACGCCCUGGAACAGCAUCCUUCACUCUUCUCCUUGUUCAUGUGCUACACUGAGACCAGGCUGACAGCUGAUGCUGUGGAGGACAUCUUCCACAUGCAGUUCAGUCCACCUGACAGCACCAGGUGUCAAGAGGAAACAAGAGUACUCAGCUACUGGCAAGACUAUCUGCUUUAUGUGGAAGAGAAAAGUGGAAAUCUGUCUUUGGAAGACAUCCUUAUGUUUGCUACUGGACUGAGGGAAAUUCCUCCAGCAGGAAUUCAGCCAAAGCCACAGCUUCUUUUUGAGGCCACCUCACACUUCCCUGUAGCAAAUGUUUGUGCAAAUACUAUCAGAAUUCCAGUGUUACACAGUUAUGAGGAGUUUCAAGAAGCCAUGGAUUAUGGCAUCCAGAACUCUCCUGGGUUUGGACUUCCCUAAACUCCAAAUAUUGUUGCUCAUAAGUUUAACCUCAGCAUUUAUGGUUUUAAUCAAAAGUUUCAAAUUUUACAUUAUUUUAUAAACCCCCCAUGUUAUCAAAUUUUAUUUUAGCAUUUUGUGAUGAAACGUUUCAAGAAAGUCUCUAAACAUAGUACAUAAAGAUUGGUGUAUCUCAGUAAAUUAGAAUAUCUGGAUUUGUCAUUUCAAAAACACUAAUCGUAAUUGGCAAAAUUUAAAAAAGUUUAAAAUAUUUAUAUCUUGAAAAUUAGCAUUUUAAAAUGGAAAAAAAUCAAACAUUUCCUCAAUAUUCAAAUGCACUGAGACACAGUGGUAGAAUUAUACAGAAAAAAAGAUCAGCACUCUGAGGAAAAAAAAGCUUUAUUUUAAUAAUAGUG